AUGCAUAUUCGCCUAGUAAUAAUUGUUUCUGAUAUCGCUUUUACGCUAAAUGUGAACGUGGUGAUUCAAGGAUCAACACCAAUUGCUGAAACAGAUGAUAACUUCGUAUGUGCUACACUGGAUUGGUGGCCUACUGAAAAAUGCAACUAUAAUCAAUACCCUUGGGGAAAGGCUGGACUUUUAAAUUUGGAUUUGAAAAAGAAGGUUCUAAUAAAUGCAAUAAAAGCAUUCAAUUCUUUAAGAAUCAAAGUUGGUGGGUCGUUGCAAGAUCAAGUGAUGUACGGAGUAGGAGAAGUUAAAAAUUGCCCCAAUUUCAUGAAAAAAGAAGGCAGUUUAUUUGGGUUCUCUCAGGGGUGCCUUUCCAUGGAAAGAUGGGACAAACUGAAUAACUUUUUCAAUCAAACUGGAGUAAAAGUUACAUUCGGGUUGAAUGCUCUUCUCGGAAGAAACGAGUUACAAAGCGAAAAGGGUCUUUGGGCUGGCGACUGGAAUUCACAAAAUGCAAGGGAUUUCAUGAAGUAUACUAUUUCCAGGGGAUACAAAGUUGAUUCUUACGAAUUUGGAAAUCAACUCUCCGGAGCUGGGAUGGGCGCAAGGGUUGAGGCUGAACAAUAUGGAAAAGACGUAAUAGUACUUAAGAAUAUGGUGAAAGACUUACACCCAGACCCCAAAACUCAACCAAAGGUUCUAGGUCCUAGUGGUUUUUAUGACGAGAAAUGGUUAAAUGUCUUCCUAGAAGUUUCGGGACAAGGAUUUGUUGACGGAGUUACGCACCACAUCUACAAUCUUGGACCUGGUGAUGGUCUAAACUUGAUUACCAAGAUUCAAGAUCCCUCGUACUUGAAUCAAGUUGCCCAAACUUAUAGAGGUGUUUUUAAUAUUGUCAACAAGUAUUUUGAUCAAUUAGGAAUGGCUGCAACCUACAAUCACAAGGUUUUCUGCAGGCAAACUCUCAUCGGUGGAAAUUAUGCUUUACUUAACACUACAACAUUUAUUCCCAAUCCCGAUUACUACGGUGCGCUUCUAUGGCACCGGCUUAUGGGAAGUAUUGUACUUGCAGUAACUCAAGUGUCUAACCCGAAUUUGCGUGUAUAUGCUCAUUGUGCGAAGAAAAAGCAUGGGGUUUCUAUCAUUUUUAUCAACUUGUCAAAAGAUAGCUCGUUCGAUGUAACCCUUUCAAGUUACGAACAUCAUCGUCGUAAUUUGAGAUCCACGGCUGUUGCUAAGCCCAAUUUUGAAUUUAAGAGUCACCUGAAUAGGGAAGAGUAUCAUCUGACUGCAUUAGGUGGAGAUAUACAAGGUCAAAUCGUGUUGCUGAAUGACGUUCCAAUGGUUCCGACAGAUACAUUCGACAUUCCGGCGAUGGAUCCAAAGCUUGUCGAUGCUUCCACACCCAUCUCGAUUGCAGCUCAUUCCAUAGUCUACGUAACCAUCAGAGACUUUCAUGCCCCUGUCUCUGUUUAA